GUACCACCACCUGAGCAUGUGGUGGGGGCGUCCGGAGGAGCUGAAAAGCGGCGUCUAGUCGAGCCUCGAGAGGUGAAUGUCUUCCUGUACUAAAAAAUAAGAGAAAAAAAAAAUAACUCUGAAAAUGUAGUGGGAGAGGUAAAAGAGAGGUAGAGACUGGAGAGGUGUUCACACUCGGCAGUCAGGACGAAUGCAGGAGGAAAGAGCAAGGCUGAGGCUCUCCGCUACAUCCGGACGCGGAGUGUUUUUUUUUUUUCAUGGAUAUAAAUAACCAGUGGAUUAUCAAUUUUUCACGUUGAUUGUCGUUCGAUUAUUGAGAGUAUUAUUGUCAUUAUUAGUUUUUUUUUUUUUUGAGUGAUUGAGGUAAAAGUGGGGUUCACUGUGUAGCGCAUACCAAUGCCAUUGCGUCGAGACAACGUGGAGGAAAAUAAAACGUACUGACCUUCAAGGAGAGUUUAAAACUACAGUCAUCAGCAUUAUGAUGACCAAACGCGUUGGAAUCAUAUGAAUGCUGAUUUCCUUCGGUCUAUUCUCAAUCACAAAACCUGAACUCGGACUUCACAGACUCAGCCCUGGGUUCAGCAGAGAAGUCUCCACUGCCCUACGGUAAUUUUCAGCUGAGGGAUUCAACGGUUCAGAGUAUCCUGAGGCAUCCAAGAUACGGCCCAAAAAGUCCCCUAGCGAGUAAUUCGUAUACCUACUUGAAAUUCGGUCUUCCCCGGGUGCUUCCUCCGUCAAGGGCCCGAGAUGGUUCGAGUGGUUACGACUCGAGUGAAGAAGGUCGAAGAAUUUCUCACAGUGGAAUUCAACAGCAAUCCUCAGCAAUGAGAUCAGCGAGAAGUGAUCCGGACUUCAGACAGGUCCAUGGGACCCCCCGGGAGGUCCAGCAAACCCCAUCCCAAUUGCUCGUCAGGGACAACAAGAUGAGAAGUGCGAGUGAAGCGAAUCUUCUUCACGCCUCGAGACCAAACAGAAGACACAGCAUUGCACCCAUGGAUCCUGGAUAUGGACAGGCAGUUUUGGGACAGCCUCAGGGUCUCAUUGGGCCGGAGGGAGAUUAUGGACAGACCCUCAGGAGACUUUCUGCACAGCAUCCACAUCUGCAGUUGAGGGGGGUUGAGAGCUCUGGAGAUUCUCACAGGACACCCUUGAGGGGCAUUACUCUGGAGGCUGGGGCAACUGAUGUUCUUGCUGUCAUGGCAACCACUGAAAGAGAGGGGACUACUGUCCUCGAGACCAUCGCUGGGAGGAGGAGAAUCAAAAGGGGAGACAUUCUCAUUAAUGGGAGGAGUGUCUCCACCAGGACUUUGAGGUCAAGAGUGGCUUACCUCCCAGCGGAGAGCAGUUUGAGUCCAGGUUUAACAGCUCAACAGGUAUUGAGUUUCUACAUGUGCCUGAGAGGUGGUUCCCAAACAUCGGAAAUGGAGACUGAAGCUAUUCUCCAGGAAUUGGGCCUCGAAGCAACGAAGCACUGCCUCGUCAGCACCCUCACCACUUCAGAAGCGAGAAGACUAGCUCUCGCCUGUCGAUUACUUCAGGAUGCUCAUAUUCUGGUGCUGGACAGGCCGACACAUGGUCUCGACAUCUUCGAUGCGUUCUUCCUGGUUGAGUACUUGAGGCAGUGGGCAAUCAGGGGAGAGAGAUUGGUUGUUUUAACUCUUCAUCCCCCAACAUAUGAAAUCCUCACGAUGGUCUCGAGGGUGGCUCUUACCUCUGGAGGGAGAAUCAUGUACACAGGAUCAAGGAGAGACAUGCUACCCUAUUUUGCUCUAGCGGAAUUCCCAUGUCCACCGUUUAAAAAUCCUUCGGAUUAUUAUCUGGAUUUGGUGACUCUGGAUGACCUCUCAGCAGAAGCGAUGCUGGAGUCUUCCCAGAGGAUCGAUCAUCUGGCAGAACUCGCCAAGGCUCGACUCCCACCUCCAUCAGAUCCAGGUCCUCCGGGCAAUCUACCUCCAGCUGUCUACGAUGCCAAUAUUUUUGUACAAAUCUAUGCCCUUCUCAUGAAGACCCUAGUCUACAGCCAGCCCUGGGCCCUGACGAGGCUUCUCCAGAAAAUUCUUAUCGCGGCAUCCCUCAGCAUAAUCCUUGGGGCGAUAUUCUGGGACAUCGCUGGAGACACCAAUUUACAUCUGAGAGAUCGAGUUGGAUUUUAUUAUGCAAGUCUGGGGAUUCUAUUCUGGCCUCUGGGACUACUCCAGAUAUUCGACAUCACCAAGGCCAGACCCAACAUCGAGAGAGACGUCAAGGAUGGACUCUAUGGACGAUUCAUUUAUAUUAUCAUUGAGUUGCUCUGCAGUUUUCCUUCCUGGUGCCUGAUCUACGCGAUCUACUUGGGUCCAGCUUUUGCCAUGUCAGGCCUACACCUGGCAGUAGAUGAAAACCUGACAUCCCUGUGGUCGUACUUGUCAUACGGUCUGCUCUACCUGAUGCUCCAGCACUUCAUCUGCACAUUCUUCGCGCACAUCUGCAAAUGGAGUGGCCUAGCAGCUUUGCUCUCUGGCCUAGUGAUAGGAGAGAUGACCCUUGCAGGUGGUGUGACCCUCCACUUGGAAAAUCUCCCCUCCUGGUACCAAAAUCUCAGCCCAAUGGAGUGGACGUUAGCCUUUCUCCUCCGACAAAUCCAUGGACAAGCUGCACUCAACAAAUUAAUGAACUGCAAAGCGAAACAGGUGCAGCGCGAGGACAUAAUCGUCCAGGCACCCUGCGAGCCUCUCGAUGGAGAAUCAGUACUCCGAGAAAUUGCUCUCAACUCCAUUGUAGAUUUCACUGAGGUUCGUUUGGGCAUUGGAAUCGGGAUUAUGUCGAUGUUAAUUAUAAUAGCGUUUUUAUUAAUUCGGUAUAAUGCACCGAAGAAACCCAGAAGUGCACCUAACAAGCCUUGACAAAAUUCACUCCUGCUCUCCAUCACUCCCACUACCGAAUUGUUUAUAUAACGUCUACCUUGUUGCGACUUUUUAAAAAUAUAUUCGUGAAAUGAGGAAAUAAAACAGAACGAGGAGCACAAAAAUAAUAUCCCAACGAUCUAAUUAUUUUCUCAUCGCACGCCAAUGAUUAAUUCUUUUAAUAACUCGCAAGAUAGACGUGUGGUUCAAUAAAAUAGAUAUAAUCUCUAACAAUAAAUAAAUUUGUUCUAGCAACUAGAAGCUCUGCAAAGGGUUUAGACUUUAUACAAGUGCUCAAUAAAUUUGUGCUGAGUACAUUAUCCAGAAUAAUAAUCGAGAAAGAAUAAUUCCAUAUGUAUCUAAAAAAAAUUAUCGAAAUGAAAUUCUACAAAUGAAGGAUUUCUUUUAUUACAGAGAAUUAAUUGUUUAUAAAUACAUUGUUGAGAGUAAAUGGAGUAUAUUAAAGAGUAAAUCGACGCUCGUCAAUUGUUCUCACAGAAAUCAUUGAUCCAGAUGAAAAAGAAAGGAUUUAGUGUGAAAAAAUAUUGAAAAAACUUUAAUGUAAAGAUGGGGGGAGGUGGCAGAGAUAAGUUGGAUAUUUAAUCCUCUCAAUGUCCAUUGGUCGAUUACAAUUACAUUAACUCAUCAUUUAAUUAUAAAAA